GGUGGCUUGCAGUAGUGCUGCGCGAGAAGGGAAAAGUGACGCGGCCACCCUGGAACUUAUGCUCCGCGAGCCUCUUAAAAUGAAUGAAAAUAAACCUGGUGACUCACAGACUCUUGCUUGUGUUUUCUGCCGAAAAAAUGAUGACUGUCCUAAUAAAUAUGGAGAAAAGAAAACAAAUGAGAAGUGGAAUCUCACUGUACAUUACUAUUGUUUGUUGAUGUCAAGUGGAAUUUGGCAGAGAGGUAAAGAAGAAGAGGGAGUUUAUGGUUUUCUAAUAGAAGACAUCAGGAAGGAAGUGAAUAGAGCAUCUAAAUUGAAAUGCUGUGUUUGUAAGAAAAAUGGUGCUUCAAUUGGAUGUGUUGCACCUCGAUGUAAAAGAAGUUAUCAUUUCCCAUGUGGACUUCAGAGAGAAUGUAUUUUCCAGUUUACUGGCAACUUUGCGUCAUUUUGUUGGAAACAUCGACCUGUUCAAAUAAUUGCAUCCAAUAAUUACAGAGAUUCCUUACCAUGCACCAUUUGUUUGGAAUAUAUUGAGCCUGUUCCUACUUAUAACAUACUACGAAGUCCAUGUUGUAAGAAUGCUUGGUUUCACAGAGACUGUUUACAGGUUCAAGCAAUAAAUGCAGGAGUGUUUUUCUUCAGGUGUACAAUAUGCAGUAAUACUGACACCUUUCAGAAAGAGAUGUUAAGAAUGGGAAUUCACAUUCCUGAAAAGGAUGCAUCUUGGGAAUUAGAGGAAAAUGCUUAUCAAGACCUUCUGCAGCACUAUGAGCACUGUGAUGUUCGAAGAUGUCGUUGCAAAGAAGGGCGAGACUAUAAUGCACCUGAUAGCAAAUGGGAAAUAAAACGCUGUCAGUGUUGUGGUUCUAGUGGAACACAUUUAGCCUGUUCCUCACUACGAUCAUGGGAACAAAAUUGGGAGUGUUUGGAAUGUAGAAGUAUUAUCUACAAUUCAGAUUUCCAAAAAGCAAAAAAACAUGCAUUAUCCAACUCUAAUAAUGUGGCAAUUACUGAUUGUUUGUUGGAAGAGUCAUCACCUAAGUUACCCAGACAGUCACCUGGAGCUCAGCGUAAAGACCUGCUGAGGCAAGGCAGCAAGUUUAGAAGAGAUAUUUCGACUAUUCUGAUAGAGUUAGGAUUCCAAAUUAAAAAAAAACCUAAAAGAUUAUUUAUCAACAAAGCCAAUAUAUGGAAUAGUGCCUUAGAUGUAUUCAGGAAUCAAAAGUUUAAUCCUUCAUACGCAAUUGAAAUAAUGUAUGUUAAUGAAAAUGAUAAGUUUGCAAGAGAGCUUCCUGGAUCAAAGCAGGAAUUUCUGAGUCUUUUGAUGCAACAUCUUGAGAACUCAUCAUUGUUUGAAGGGUCCUUAUCAAAGAACUUGUCUCUAAAUUCUCAAGCUCUGAAAGAGAAUCUUUACUAUGAAGCUGGAAAAAUGCUUGCCAUUUCUUUGGUUCAUGGUGGUCCUUCACCUGGUUUCUUUUCUAAAACCCUGUUUAACUGCCUUGUUUAUGGACCAGAAAAUACCCAACCAAUUUUAGAUGAUGUUUCAGACUUUGAUGUAGCACAAAUUAUAGUAAGGAUAAAUACUGCAACAAAUAUGACUGACUUAAACUCAGUAGUAAAUGAAUGCUACAACUACCUAGAGCUUAUUGGAUGUCUUAGACUUUUAACAACAUUAAGUGAUAAGUAUAUGUUGGUAAAAGACAUACUUUUCUACCAUGUAAUUAAGAGAGUCCAAGCACCCUUUGAAAGUUUUAAGCAGGGUCUGAAAACUCUUGGUGUUUUGGAAAAAAUUCAGACUUACCCAGAAGCAUUUUGUAACAUCCUCUGUCAUAAACCUGAGAAUCUUUCUGCAAAGAUCCUUAGAGAUCUUUUUACAGUACACACAUUACCUGAUGUACAAGCUUUGGGGUUUUGGAACAGUUACUUACAGACCGUUGAGGAUGGCAAAUCUGCAACAACAAUGGAAGACAUUCUUAUUUUUGCAACUGGUUGCAGUUCCAUUCCACCUGCAGGAUUUAAACCCACUCCUUCAAUUGAGUGUCUUCAUAUGGAUUUUCCUGUUGGAAACAAGUGUAAUAACUCUUUAACUCUUCCAAUCACCAGUACAUAUAAAGAGUUUCAAGAAAAUAUGGACUUCGCCAUAAGAAACACUCUAAGACUAGGAAAGGAAGAAAGUUCUCAUUACAAUGAACAUUAAAAUGUUUCUUUGAACAAAGAGAUGCUUCUUUAAAAGCUGCUAUUAAAAACUUUCUUUUGUUUCAAAAAUCUAUUAAUCAUCAGUUUUGAACAAACUUGUCACCUUCUUGACCCAAUAAAAUUUAUGAUAUAAACAUAAAGGAAUGUUUUGGCCAUUUAAACAAAACAGAAGUUUUUUCAAUUAAGGCAUUCUAGUCAAAAUUGGUGAUGUUUUUCUGUUUUCUUAAUGUACAGGCUUCAUAAUCUUCAAUGUAAUUACUUUUAGAAUGGUUGUACAAAUUUGAUUCAGGUAUAAUAGCAUGGCAGGUGCCAUUUUCAAAUUUUUCUUUAUUUUAAAGCAUUAAAUAGAAGAGCUAAUUGAUUAAAUCCUGCUUUAGGAAUCAGGCAUAGAUUCUGGGGUUUAUACAUUAUAUUUAUGCUUUUCAAAGAUGGCACUAAAUCCAUUGCUAAAAUAUUUCUAGAUCACUGAUUUAUGUUAAAAUUACCCACACUGCAAUUAGGUUAUUUCUAAUAGGAAGUAUUAUAUAAAAAGCAGAAUUGCACAAAAUUGUCUGGAUUCUGGGCAUGUUCCAGAGGCUUAAAAACACUUCUGAGGUGGAUACAAUGUAACUGAAAAUACCUAAGAGAAUAGUAUCUUCUAAGUCUUGGUUUUAAUCAUAGACCUUUUUAAAAAAAACUGGUAUUCAGUAUGUCUAAUCCAUAAUCACUUUAGGUAUCUGAAUGAUCUCUGUGGAUUAUAAUGUGUUAUACAUGGGUUUUGACAUUAUUAAGGUGGUUGUAUUAUAGGCAAACCAGCUCCAUACCAUUGUACAAUUAUCUUCUUUACCCUAGAAAGAUAUCUUUUUAUAUAAGCAAUGUAUAAAGUAAAAAAGAAUAUAAAUAAAGUAAAAAAUACAAACAGAAUGAAAAUCCCACUGUAAUCUCACCAUACAGAUUAGUAUUGUUUCUGUAUAUUCAUCUAUAAACUCCUGUCUUGUCUAUUUUUAACAAUAGUAAUGCUACUAAAAUUAACAAGAAAUCAUGUAAAAAUAAUUUGAAGAUAUAUAGUUUCAUACUCAUGUUCCCAUAGUUGUGCUCCUACCAAAAAAAUUGAGAAAUUGGAUGUCCUUAAUCUAUUAUCAGAUCCCAAUCUAUUAUGAAAUAUAAACGAGACAAAGCCCUGGUUUUCUGCUAAAGUAAAUCAUUAUAUAGUAGGUAAAGCAUUAUGAGAGAUAAAAUGUUUUAACCACAAUUUUCUUGCUACAUUUAAGUAUUAGCUAUGAUCAUAAUCUCAUCCUCCCCAAGAUGAGACUCCCCAAUACUCAAAUUAUUAAUAUUUUUUAAAGAAAAUUACCAAGAUUGACUUAUGGUAAUACAUCUCUUAAAACCAAAGGAAAAUGAAAACAAUCCUAACGUAAUUUCCCUUAUUACCUCAUAUUUUUCAAAUUGUACUAACAGACCUAGCAAAUUACUUACUUUAGUUAUUUAACAAUAUUAAUAAACAAGGCAUUUCUUUGCCAUGUGUUAAAUUGUUAGAUUAUCAAAAGUAAUUAAAGGGUCAGUUAUUUUAAAAGUUUAAUAUCUAAUAUAAACCUCAAGCUCACCAAAGAGCUUUUAUUCAAAAUGUUUUGAUAAAUCAGGUAUUUUAUUUCUUAAUGCAUCUAGUUUUUAUAAAAAUUUAAAAGCCAUUAAAUCAAUAUAAUCCUCCCCCCCAAAAAAAACAAUUAGAUCUACUUUCUGGUUUGUAGUUUUGAUUAAUUUCCCCUUGUAUACUAAUUAAAACCAAUACAAUACUCGCAUGCUUUGUGAAGGUGGGGGUAGGGACUAGGAGCAACAUGCUUGGUUAAUAAUAAUUAAAACUGGUAUUUCAUUUCCUCCUUACACUUAAGUAUAGAGAAGGCCUUAGUAUAAGAUGGUGUAAGUAAUAAUUCAGAAUAUUAGCCUCUUAAAGUGAAAUGUAAAUAUAUUGUAAAAUGUUUUCUGGUUUGAAGGAUGUCCUGUUAUGAUUUUUAGGUUAAUCUGUACAGUCAAGGCAUAUCAGAGAAACCUGUUGGUUAUUUAUUUUCUGCAGUGUUACUUUGUCAAAUGGUUUGUGUUAUUCUGUUCCUAUUCGUUUUACAGCACAAUUCUUAACUGAUGCGGAAUUUUAUAAAGGAAUUAUGCUACAAA